CCAGAAGGAGCCGUGGACUGUCAAUGCAGACAGAAUUUUCCGCUGAAGCUUUCUCUCUCUCUCCCUCUCUCUCUCUCGCUCUCCAGUCACCCGAGCUCCCGAAGAAAGCAGCCGCAGCCUCAUAAUCAAAACCUCUGAAAUCCUAGCUUCUAGCGCUGCUUUCAGAUCAUUCAUUGCAUGUAAUUUUAGGGAUAAUUGGUCUCUGAAGUUGCGGUUUCUUGAACAAUAGUGGCAUUAUCCUUCUCCACCAUGUCUUCAGUUGGCUUUUUGGUUCCUCCUGGCAGCUAUACAGUGGAUAAGAAGUUUCUGAGUUUGUUUGACAGAUUGGCUUCACUUGCCUCCAUAUCUUCAGAUUCUGUAGUCAGCCGGAGACAGAAUGUAGUUCUGCAUAAGAGGUGUUCUCCCAAGGUUGGGGCAAUGGCUAAGGAGUUGUACCUCAAUAAGGAUGGUUCUGCUAUCAAGAAGCUACAGAUUGGGGUUAACAAGCUUGCAGAUCUGGUCGGGGUCACUCUUGGUCCAAAAGGGAGGAAUGUUGUUUUGGAGAGCAAGUAUGGUUCACCGAAAAUUGUUAAUGAUGGUGUGACUGUGGCCAAAGAGGUUGAGUUGGAGGACCCUGUUGAGAACAUAGGUGCAAAGUUGGUGAGGCAAGCUGCCUCAAAGACCAAUGAUUUAGCUGGAGAUGGCACAACUACUUCUGUUGUCUUGGCCCAGGGUCUGAUUGCUGAAGGUGUUAAGGUGGUAGCAGCUGGGGCAAACCCUGUUCAGAUCACUAGGGGUAUUGAGAACACCAUCAAAGCUCUAGUAGCUGAGCUUAAGUUGAUGUCAAAAGAGGUUGAAGAAAUUGAACUGGCAGAUGUAGCUGCAGUUAGUGCAGGUAACAACUAUGAAGUUGGAAAUAUGAUAGCUGAAGCGAUGAGUAAAGUGGGAAGAAAGGGUGUAGUGACCCUGGAAGAAGGGAAAAGUGCUGAGAACAGCUUGUAUGUUGUAGAAGGAAUGCAGUUUGAUCGUGGUUAUAUCUCCCCUUACUUUGUUACUGACAGUGAUAAGAUGGCUGUUGAAUAUGAAAAUUGCAAGUUGCUACUUGUUGACAAAAAGAUAACAAAUGCAAGGGAUCUUAUUAAUGUUUUGGAAGAUGCUAUUAGAGGGGGAUAUCCAAUCUUGAUUAUUGCAGAAGACAUUGAGCAGGAAGCUCUUGCUACUCUUGUCGUGAACAAGCUUAGAGGGGCUCUAAAGAUUGGUGCACUUAAAGCUCCUGGUUUCGGAGAGCGCAGGAGCCAAUAUCUUGAUGAUAUUGCUAUCCUUACUGGAGGAACUGUGAUUAGAGAUGAGGUUGGAUUAUCCCUGGACAAGGCUGACAAGGAGGUUUUGGGGCAUGCUGCCAAAGUGGUGCUCACCAAGGAUACAACCACAAUUGUUGGUGAUGGCAGCACUGAGGGUGCAGUUAAUAAACGAGUUGCCCAGAUCAGAAACCUUGUUGAGGCAACUGAGCAAGACUAUGAAAAAGAGAAACUUAAUGAAAGAACUGCAAAACUUUCAGGUGGUGUUGCUGUCAUUCAGGUUGGAGCACAAACAGAAACAGAACUUAAAGAAAAGAAAUUGAGAGUAGAGGAUGCCCUCAAUGCGACAAAGGCAGCUGUUGAGGAAGGUAUUGUAGUUGGUGGUGGGUGCACACUGUUGCGACUUGCAUCAAAGGUUGACACCAUCAAGAACACUCUCGAUAAUGAUGAGCAAAAGGUUGGAGCAGAUAUUGUUAAAAGGGCAUUAAGUUAUCCAAUGAAGUUAAUUGCCAAGAAUGCAGGGGUCAAUGGAAGUGUUGUGAUUGAAAAGGUGCUUUCUAGUGACAAUCCGAAGUAUGGUUACAAUGCUGCAAUUGGGAAGUAUGAGGAUUUGAUGGCUGCUGGCAUUAUUGAUCCAACGAAGGUGAUAAGAUGCUGCCUGGAGCAUGCAGCUUCAGUUGCAAGGACCUUCCUCACAUCUGAUGCUGUGGUAGUGGACAUCAAGGAACCUGAACCUAUUGCUGCAGGAAACCCCAUGGAUAAUUCAGGUUAUGGAUACUGAGAUGUGGAGCCUUGCUAUGGCAAGGACAUCCCCUGUUAUGACGGGUACGUGAAUAUUGAAAAGGUUCAAGAAGAAAGCAAGCAUAUUGAAUUAGCUGUUAAAUAAGAGACCUACAUUUUUUUUUUCAUCUCUCUCUCUCUCUCCCCUUUUCUUUUUUGGGUUUUCCUUUCUAAAUUUUCCAAUCACAGAGAUGAUUAUCUUGAUUUUAAUUCUAGUGCAGGUAGCUUGCGAGAAUUAUGGAUGUGUUGAAUAAGACAACUAUUUCACAUUUGAGUAUGGUUAAAUAAAUUUUUUUGUCUA